AUGGCUGUGAAGGACAUCGAACGAUCCAAGGAAGACCCACAAGUUUUGAAAGACCUCUACACCCUGUCCAAUCUGGGGACCAAAGGAAAACACGCGAACAACAUCCACGCCGAGCUCAUGAGCAAAGUUGAGCAUGUUCCAAAAAUCCCCAAGCCUUUCAAAGCAAAAGUGCCACUGAAAGGGUUUCCUGACUCAGUUCAAUCGAUGCUGUUGCCACAUGAAAUGUUUGCUUGUCUAUACCGCAACUACAAGAAGGUCUGGUCCACUGCAGUUGUGCCAAGCGUUGAGCGGGUGCAAAAGUUUUGGAGAGCCAUGCGGCUUCAUCCCCAGAUGCGUGAUCACCCCAUGACUUCCUCCCCUCAAUGGGAGAGUUGGACUGUGCCUAUUGCCGUGCACGGUGACGGAGUUCCAGUCACUGGUGUGGGGAAAGUGUGGAGUCGAGUGAUGACCAAUUACUCAUGGUAUUCCCUUCUGGGAUAUGGUACCACUCCAUCAAUGCUCAUGUGGGUGUGGGGGUUCUUUGACAAGCUGAAGGUGGGCGACCAAGCAUCAGGCACACUGCUGGAGUUCUACUCCAUAUUGAGAUGGAGCUUUUUGGCGUUAUCGGAAGGCAGGUACAAAGAAGGCUCUGUGGAAGCCUUGAGAGCCGGGUCUUGGCUGGCUGGUGGCUGGAAGGGUGUCCUAUGGGCACUCACAGGAGACCUUGACUACUUCAACGCCAUGCUUGGCACCCCCAACUAUUCCGCAGUGGGUGGCCCAUGUAUGCAUUGCAAAUGCACUGGGACUGGCGCUGCAACAUGGACAGAUUUUCGACCACAGGCUAUGUGGAGGAACACCCGCUGGGAGGCCGACGUUUGGAGAAAUUGGGACGAACGUUCGAAGUGCAUUUUGCUGACUCUUCCUGGGGCGAGGUGCUGGUCAAUAGCCUACGACUGGGUUCACGUAAAGUACUUGGGCGUAGAUCAGUACAUCUUUGGCUCAGUGAUGGCCCUCUUGCGCAUCACCUUCAUGCUGAAACAAAAUGUACACCUGGAGGAAAUGAUUACUUUCCACAAGGACGACUUCGCCCUACCACCUGGACCAGCGCAAGAGUUUGAAGAAACCGCCAACAGCAUGCUCUUACUUCUUUCCCAGGUAGCUGAUCACUUCGUUGAGGAAGGCAUGAAAUGCUUCGAUAUCACAAGCAAAUGCCACAUGCUUCAAGAGCUUGCUAUUUUGAGUCGCUCCAUAAACCCCAAAGUCACAUGGUGCUUCAUGGGUGAGGAUCAAAUGCAGCGCAUGCAGCAGGUCGCUAAAGCGUGCGUUCGUGGCAACAAGCUUGAUAAACAAACCACAAAGCUGGCCCGCCACUACCGCUUAGGGUUGCACCUGCACUAUCUCGACUUGGCUGCGUAA